AUGGAGGUGUCGGCGUCGGUGCGGCAGCUGUUCCAGUGGCACCUGCGCAAGUUCGACGCACAGCAUGCGCGCCACUUCUCCCUCGUCGAGUCGCCCGGCAUCACACCACUCUUCACGCUGUCGAUGGUGCACAUCUUCUCCAGCUUCUUCCUCUACCCGGCGCGGCGGGAGGGUGAUACCGGUGCUCAUGACAGAGCUCACCCAGAAGACGGAGACGAUGCAGCAGUGGCUGGACGUCAUGACGAAGAAGUCGCCCGCGGACGCGAUUGCAUGACGUGCGGCAAUGUCUCUGACACAAGUUGUGCUCUUCCCUGUGUGACUUCUGCUGUCAUCCUUUGCCCCGCAGCUGAUGCACGCCAUGCUGGAGCGCACGAGUCACAUCACGCACCAGAAGUGUGCGUGCAUCAGCAAAGAGGCGCCGCCGUUCGUGGAGGCCGCCAUGGCACGGAGGCACGUGAGGCGGAGGCGUUCCACAGCGAGCAGCUGAGCAUCCCCACGGAUUGCUGCGCCGCCCUUCUUAUUGUUCUGCUGGUGCUGUGCUUGACAUCGUAG